CUUCGGAGUUUUGUUUAUUCGAUAUAUACAUGCGCUCGGAUCCUUAAACAAAUAAAAUAAUGUAACGCGAAGUUUGUAAUCAUUACAAUUUAACGACCCCCUUCCAAAUGCUGCAUAAAGUUCCCAUGAUAUAAACAUAACAAAGGCAUUGUUCAGAGAAAUUCGGUGACUUUCUAACUGUGAAUCUCAAACCACAUCACGGUUUAUAUGUACAUAUAUUGAAGCCCACAUACGAUAGUGCAUAUACGUAUGUAUAUACUUGGCUUACACAAAUGCUUUAUUUGCACAAAACCUUGUGAUAUUGAGGUCAAUAUCUGAGGAGAAAAGUAUACGAUUUUCAGAUGGCUUCCAAUUCAACGAAGAAAAGCAAAUCCAGCGGUAUGCGCAUAUUGUGGAUACCGGGUCGAAAGUCCCAUUCCAAGGGUCGAUUUAAUACCACCAACAAGCAGAUCUCGUACUCGGGUCCUCAGAAAAAGAGCGAAGUAUGGUCCUUAGGCGGCAGCAAGGCUCAGGCCGAGUUGAUUGACCUUCCCUCCCCCGAUUUGUCUGGCAACUCACCAUCAUCGUCGCUGAGCAUUGUGGCCACCUGUUCGAUGGUUCAAGGAUGUACAAGCAGCGAGAGAGCGUCCUCUGAUGACUUGGCCAUCGUUUCGGAGACUGCCACAAUGCCAACCACGCCUGUGAGUCCCAACUCGCCGAUCCCGAAUAGUCCUACUUCCGAGACUGCAACAGCAUCCACCCGAGCCAUGACUUCGCCCAACGUGAUUACCACCGUUGUAAUACAGGACUUGCACAACUUUAUGAGCCCUGAGGACUUGCCCAAAGUGCCAAGUGUGCCGGCAGCACAGGACACCGAAGUGGUGCUAAAUAGCUCUGCGGGAACCACAGCAUCGAUAGCAACCACUUCUUCGCCACUGGCCAACCAUAAGCCGGGCUCGUCGCCGCCCGAAUCCCAUUCCCAGCAAACUACGCCACAGAAAAGUAGAUAUAAGAACCACAACAACAAUCAGGAGGAUAUCAAUUCGAUAGAAAGCAUUUCCAGUUUUCCAAGGUUUCAGGGAAACGCCAUUGACUUCGAUUGGAUCGACGAGAUGGUGCAACAGCGAAACUGCAACGAACUGAUGCAUAAGAAUAAGCGAAAGAAGUCUAAGAAGGUGGAGGGCCUGGACGCCGACCAAUUGGAUGCCAAAUCCUUUGGCUAUGACAAUGACAAGGCUAAAUUGAAUCGCAAGGAAGCCGAUGACAACGAUGAGAAAGUCGUUAAAUGUUUGUACUACUCACUGAUGUGCUGCGACUGUACUAUAUCUUAAAUGGAUCGCUUAUACGGAUCCGCGUCCAUGUAAAAUACCUCUCAAGCAACUAUGUAAAAAUAUAUAUUCGAUUUUGUAUACUUAGCGUACGCAUCUGCAUAAAACAGAAGAAAACAGAAGUAUUAACGAAUUUAUAAUGAUUUACAUGGAACUAACAUUAUCAACAUUCGAAUAAAUGUGUCGAAAUCCAAAAC